AGUAUCAGAUGACGUUCGGCGUCCUCUGCAAAGAACGUUAUUCGUGUUUGUCGUCUGUUAGUAGAAACUGAUUUUCUGUGUAGAAUCACUUUCUCCCGUGAAACGUAAAGUGGGAGCAGCGUUGUGGGGCUGCUAGGCGUUGCUGCGUAGCCUUACGCGCUUCCGUAGGCUUGCUCUCGUUGCCUCAUUGCAGGGUCAUCACAGUCCUUCUGUAUCAUCCCGACAUGCCAAUCUAGGUCCAAAUAAAGCCCGUAGUGAACUCAGCCCAGAAGAUAAAACACUGCCACACAAUAAAAAUGGCUGGACUGAAAUACCACAUUUCUCUGCCUGUGGCAGCAGGCGCCCUAUUAGUGGGCCUCCCCUACUCCAUCUCCUUAGCUGCCCAGUGGAUGUACGGCUGGCCAAAUAAAGCCGGUUAUAAGAAGUACACAGAAGCUUUGAAACCGAGGCGAAUAUACUGUUUGACUAGAGCUGUGCUGGAAACUCUCAAAUACCUGCAGUAUGGGAAACUUUACUUUCAGUGGAGGUCAUGGUACAACAAUGAUAAAAACCGCGAGCAUUAUGAAAAGGGGAUCGCCUUUGGCCGUCGCGGAAACAAGCUGGACUUAUACUUCCCCCCCACAGUGGGCAGGUGUGGAGAUGGGCCGGUACCGCUGGUGGUUUUCAUCUACGGUGGUGCGUGGAGUUCAGGAGAGAGGUCCACAUACUGUCUACUGGCCAGGCAGAUGGCCGAAGAGCUGAGUGCAACAGUCAUUUGCCCGGACUAUUCCACAUAUCCAAAGGGGAAUGUUUUAGCCAUGGUCCAAGACAUCGCUGACUGCUUGGUUUGGGCACGAGAGAGCGCACAGAUGUUCAACUUUGACAAAGACAACAUAGUGUUGGUUGGCCAUUCCGCUGGAGCACAUCUGUGUGCACUGACUACUUUCUUCCUGCUUGACUUGAGAGAGGAGCUCUUCAUUGAGGCAGCUAAGCAGCAGGGAGUUACUUCAGCGAUAAGAGGAGUUAUCGGUUUGAGUGGCGUGUACAACAUUAUGGACCAUUACGAGCACGAACAGAUGCGAGCUGUGGAGUACGUGUCCACCAUGCACAAAGCCAUGAACGGCGUGGAGAACUUCCCGUACUAUUCCCCCACACACCUGCUGAAGACGUUCAGCCCGGACAAACUGGCAAGGGUGCCCCCCUUCGGCUUAAUCCAUGGAACCACUGACAUCAUCGUUCCUGCUGAGUCUUCUAUGAGGUUCUCCAAGCUCUUCACGUCGCUGUCGCUGAAGGUGUCACUGUACCUGCUGCCCAAAGUCAACCACACCAACAUCGUCACCGACCUCAUGACCCCGGACAGGCACUUCUACCACACCGUCUACGGCUGUAUCAAACAAGAGUACAGAAAACUGACAGGGACCUAA